UCCAUGCCAGUUUGGAAUCAAUCUUUUUAAUAUUUAUGAAUACUGCCAGGACCACCUCUGGCAGCUUCUGUAUGAGCUCAUACAGCUAGCCGGGACUAAGAUCUCAUCUUCUCCAUAUGUUAUUCCUGUUUUCCCCAACUCAUUCAUCUUCUUCUUUUCCUUUUGCUUUUUGCCAGGAAACCGUGUUUUUAAUUCAUUGAGAUCGGCAGAUUUGGAAGAACAAUGCAAGAUCCUAUUGGGAUUCCGGAGUGUUUUUCAUCAGGGGAGAAGCCGGCUGAUGAUUCAGCUGCAGUAACCAGGUCAGGGCAGAGUGUUUUCAUGUCUAUGUACCGUACAAAGGUGGCUGAUCAGUGCCGUUUGAUCACCAUCACAUGGUACAAGAAUCUGUUAGUCCAUGGUCUUUCUGUGUCAGUAGAAGGACCGGAGGGUGAGAGUCAGUACACUUGCAAAGUGGAGCUGAAGCCAUGGUAUUUCUGGAGGAAACAGGGUUCCAAGCGCUUUGUAGUUGAAGAUAAAGCCGUUGAUGUUUUCUGGGACCUCAAGGCUGCUAAAUUCAAUGGGGAAACAGAGCCCAGCUCUGAGUACUAUGUCGCCGUUGUCUGUGAUGAAGAGGUUGUUUUACUUCUUGGGGAUCUAAAGAAAGAUGCAUACAGGAAAACAGGAUGCAGACCUACACUUAUUGAUCCAAUAUUGGUUUCAAGGAAGGAGCACGUGUUUGGGAAAAAGAAAUUUUCCACAAGAGUAAAGUUUCAUGAGAAAGGUCGGUUUCAUGAGAUCACAAUCGAGUGCAAGAACAGGACUACAACAGUUAGGAAUCCUUUAGGAGGAGUUGAGCCUGAAAUGGAGAUGAGGAUUGAUGGGCAUAUGGUGCUUCAUGUCAAGCAUCUUCAAUGGAAAUUCAGAGGUAACGAAUCCAUUCAUAUGAAUAAAGUAAGAGUAGAAGUUUAUUGGGAUGUCCAUGAUUGGCUCUUUAGUCCUGGUUUAAGGCAUGCUUUGUUUAUAUUUAAGCCAACUAUUCUUUCAUCUCCAUCAAAAUCUUCCUCCCCACUAUUCUCAUCAUCUUCAACACCGAAAACGCUUUUGUCAUCCCAGACACAGAGCUAUAGCUCAUUGGAAGGCCUGAAUGCUGGAAGUGGAUCAUCUGAGUUUUCCUUGUUUCUCUAUGCUUGGAAGUUGAUUGGGGUUGAGAAGAGUGUGGGGUCAAAGAGAAGGGGUAUGGAGCCAGCUACAGCUGGGCUUACACAAGUGACCAUAAUUGGCUAAGACAAAUUGUAUCACAUACAUUUCAAUUAUUCCACAUCGUUCUUGAGGCAUCUUUCUAUCUGUUUUUUAAGGAAAUUCUUUUUCUUUUCUCUUGAUCUGGUUUUUCUAUUCUCUUGAUCUGGUCUAGUUAACUGAGCAAAUUCCUUUCAAAAUAUAAAUAUGUGUGUAUGGUUUCUGAAUUUUUAUAUACAAGGGGAAGUAACAGUUAGUAUUUUCCUGCUUUUGCUGUAUGUCUGUUUCUAGCAUUAACAUGUUGAUGUCUAGGAAGGCCUGCUCUAUUCAGUUAACUUUCUUUCAUUGCCCUUUUCAUUACCUGAAAGUUCAAAACUUUUCUCUAGUAUCAAUGACUCAACUUCAGUGCAAUGCUUUCCUCAAGAUCUCUGGAAUUGUGAAAAGCCAUUCUGAUUUCAGCAAUUUUUCAAAAAAAAAAAAAAAUGAUGUAUAAUAGAAUGUCUUGAAGACUUAUUCAAUCAACAGAAAGUGUCAUUCAAUUUGAAAAUGAAUUGUGUUUUCUAUU